AUGGCGCCCGGAGCCGUAUCUGAGGCUACUACUACUGUGAAGCCAUUGGAGAAGUAUAUUCAUCCCCCGGAGACUAAAGAAGAUGUUAAAUAUGCCGACCUUAUCACUCUUGAUCUAUCGGAGUUCGAUAAACCAGGUGGGAAGGAGAAACUAGCAGAACAAUUGAAGGAAGCUGCUCAUACUGUCGGAUUUUUUUACGUUACCAACUUUGGAUUUACUCAAGAACAAAUUGAUCGCCAAUUUGCGAUUGCUAAGGCCUUUUUCGCUCUCCCAGAAGAUCAAAGGCGUAGUUUCCGAGCGCCUCUCGAGGAAGGUAUUUACAAUGGAUAUCGGCCAUUGGGUAUGAUUGAGAUCCUACCUGGGCUCCGCGAUAACAUCGAAUUCUACAACAUUAUGAAAUUCCUACCACAAUAUGACAGAGUCCACCCAGAUAUAAUCCGAGAGCACUAUGAGGAAAUCGAAAAGUUCCACCGUCACUGUCAUGAGAGUAUCGCCUACAAAUUGUUCCAAAUACUGGCCCUCAUCCUAGAGAUACCCGAGGACGAGCUGAAGAACGGUCACCUCUAUGAAGCGGACUGCGAUAGCGGUUUACGGUAUAUGUGCUACCGAUCUCGAUCGCCCGAGGAGAAUGAAAAGUUCAAGAAUCUUUAUUCUCGAGGGCAUACCGACAAUGGCACAAUCACAUUUGUUUUCCAACAGCCCGUCGCUGCAUUGCAGGUGAAAAAGUAUGAGGACUCCGACUGGGAGUAUUGUCGCAUCCCACAAGGCACGAUGUCGGUCAAUAUUGCCGACCUUCUAACUAUUCUAUCGAACGGGUACUUGAAAAGCGGGGUACAUCGCGUCAUUGUGCCUCCCAAAGACCAGCAGGAUCAAAAUAGGUUGGGGUUAUUGUAUUUCGUGCGUCCGAGUGAUCGGCUGAAAUUAAGGACAGUCGAAAGUCCGCUUUUGAGGAGGCUAGGAUACUACAAGGAAGGUAUCAAUGAAAUAGACAUCCCGGCAUCGGAGUGGACUAGAGCUCGCAUUAAAAAGAACUGGAGUCGAUCACCGAGUAACCCGAACGAGGGUACGAGCAUGGCAGGGUUUAGCGUGAAGCAUUUCCAUGACUAG